AUUAAAUAUCAGUAACACCACCAAGUUUGUUUUUUUCUCUCCCUCUUCCUUUACUUUCCAAUUCUUCACGCACCUGAAGUGAUUAAUUGCUUAGCUCGAGUUCUAGUCCAGACUCGACUCGCUACAUUUACAUAGCGACAGCUUGCCGUAACCGCACACCCGGAAAAACAACCCCGUCUGAUUCGAUGACUGACAGUUUCCUGCUAUCCAAGAUAUAACGGUUUGGAGCACGUGGACGCACCUGUCGACGAUCCUAUUGGCCGAUUCUGGCUGGCUGUCUAACGUAGCAUGAAAUUUGGAACUAUGCCAGUACGUUGUGCCUUCUAAUAAACGUUCGGGCAUGGAAAGCCAGCACGUGGCGCGUACAACUCGCUCCAGCGAUCACGUGACGUGAACGGACGACGAUAAUUCGUACCUGGAGCGAUUCCCUAAUUACUCCAACUGCCACCUAUCGAACAAUUUUUCAGGCUCACAUGGAGUUCUCUAGAUAUCAGGUGGUACCUUGUAUACGUCCAGAGUUAUUCGAUGCUACCAACCACCAAGACUACUACCUACCAGCAACGUAUAUAGAAGGGAGCUUACACUACCACAACGGUACCAGCGUUAUGGGAGUUAAAGACGUACAGUAUCCUUCUAGAAUGAAUCGAAAGAGGGUUGUGACUAUGGCACAGAGGAGGGCAGCUAAUGUUAGAGAACGUAGAAGAAUGUAUAAUCUAAAUGCAGCAUUUGAUAAAUUGAGGAAAUUGGUCCCCACUUUUACUUACGAGAAGAGACUUUCCAGGAUCGACACACUUCGUCUUGCUAUCAUGUACAUCGCUUUUAUGACUGAUGUUGUUCGUGGUACUGGAAUGUGCUCCACAUGCACGUGCGAUGUCAGGUGGUGCUGUCAAUCGGAAUACCUUCAUUAAGGUAUGUUUGACUUUACAAAGAAAGCAUACCUACCUUUUUUUUUCUUUGUGUUGUCUUUGUAUCCUUUCGUGGAUUUUCUUUCCUUUAUCUUCUACAUGUAGAGUUACUGUAUAAAUCCAAGAGAUGUGCCAACAUAAAUGUGUACGCAUAUGUAUAAAUAUUCGUGUUUAAUUUUAAGUAUUACAUAAAUUAUAAUGGAAUAUAUUAUUGUUAAUAUU